AUGGCCAGCUUCAAGCUAGCCCUUCUGCUACUGCUGCUGCUGACCGCCCACGCUGGGCCCUCGAAGGCUCAGCACUGGUCCCAUGGCUGGUACCCCGGAGGAAAGCGAGCUUCCAGCUCAGCCCAGCACCCACAGCAUGCCCCAAGGCUCCCAGCAAGCAGACCAGACCAGACUGCCCUUAACCUCCCAAGCGAUGCCCUGGCUUCCCCUGAGAACACUGCGCCCUGGGAGGCCAGAACCUCAGGCUGGUGGUCCCUCCGCAGGAAGCAGCACCUGGUGCAGACACUGCUGGACAGGAGAGCAGGCCGACAGCCAGGCGGCCGCGUCCAGCUCCGCGAGGACAGGUCGGGAGGGGAGGGGGCGGCAAGGUCGCAGCUGGGCUGCCAGGUGACCAGGGCGUCCGCUAAAAUGACCGCUGCCUCUCCCCGCAGACCGGACCCAGAGCCCCGCGCCCUGCAGCCCUCCAAUAAAGAUGUGAACUCCCUGAAACUACUGCCUCGAGCUCUCUGCGUCGUCCCCUCCCUUGCCCACCCGCACUGA